CGCCAGGCUGCACCCAAACUUAUCACUAUUUCUGUCUUCGCUUCCACAACUUCCCCAUAAAGUCAGAUAACAACAAAUUUUCGAAGACAAGACAAUCGACAAGCACAUUGGAACAGAUGGCGUCAGGCAGGUGAGAGAUUGGAGUUGCCUAUCUGAACAUUUAGGUUCUUCCUAAGCUUUGGAUUUCGGACUUCGACUUCCGACACCGAGAGUCUUCCUCACUGUCAGGCGAAGCUGUGCCGUAAUUAUGGGCGUCUCCUCAAUGUCGUCGCUGAGAAACCAUGUUUUACUAGCGUCUACUCAUCCCUAUAAAACAUAGCACGCCAGUAAAACCUUAAAAUAUCAAGGGUUCUGUUUCUCGUUAGUUCCCCACUCACUUCCCCCUACCAUGAUGGCAGCGCAGCCCGAAGAGUCGCAGCUUCCCAGCCCCGAUAACACUAUUAGAGAAAGGCUUCGGAGCGUUUUAAUCCCUGCCGCGAAGCAGGCUCUUCAAGACGCCCAAAGUGACAUAGGCAAAAUUGAAAAGACCGAAGUUCCUCCACCACAGCUCAAGGAGGUGGCAAAGAGAAUUAUUAGCGCAGGUAACAAGGUUGUCGUAGUGGUACAGGAUGUGUCGGCGCUGUACCAGAUAGGACAGGACGCUGCGUUAUUCUAUGCCUCGCUUACCAAGAUCGAGUCGGAUCGGAAGGAGCCAGCGAAUCAACAGAUAGCGAUCAUAUAUUACCUGAUAUCGUCGGUGAUCUUUGCCAUGCGUCAUCUCGACCGAUCAACUCCCUUUUCUCCAGCACAAAGAAGCGAGCUAGACCGUCUUCUGGUGGAGUUCAAGAACACCAUGGAGGACUUUGGUCAAUACGCUGACUUAUGUUACAAGAAGGGAAGCUUUCUGGCCGUCCUACGUGGUACCGAACUCAGGGGUCGAAUCAAGAAAUACUGGGACGACUUGAUGCAACAUCGAAUCUCUCUGACCGAGUAUAUCGCGAUCGAAUUUACUUACGAAGUUAAUAUCAAGGAGAUACUGAACCAGGUUGGACACGCGACGGAUAGGGAGAGACUUGCGACGCGUUUUGUCGCCGACAAUCGUGGUCCGGAAGCUGUCCUUCGAAACCCGGAACUCCUAAGUCAAUUGUCGAUGAUAUUGGGAGAGACGAUUACCGACUCGUUAAGGAGAUCGUUGACAGGCGAUGUGGCGGAAAUGAUGGAGCAAAAUCGAAACCACUUCAACAUCAAGCUUCGAGGUUCGACUGCUCGCAUCCGAAAGGCAAUCACGAGCUCUCGAGAGGCAAUUCUCAAACGGCUGGAUGCGGGCCCUCACGAGCUUAUCAUUGAUGACGACAUAAAGGCAAUAUGGAAAGAGAACAAAUGGCGCAUGUCUGUGAAGGCCCGAACCUUCAUGGAUGGCAUACAUAACUAUUUCGAGCCUCACGUGAGGCGUAAGAUACUUGUAGCAGCGAUCAACAAGGUCGGCAUUCAGGGAGAUACACCGGUAGAAACAUCGUCUGGCGAAGAUGACAUCUUCCAGAGCGAAGAAUGGACACUUCCAUUUUUGUCCAACGCGAUGUAUUCUCCCGCUGUUGUAGAUGCCAUGGAUGGCGAUGGUAGUGGGUUCAUCUCUGUAGAUGAGUGUAACGACUUCCUGCAACGGAGACCACCGAGAUGGAGCGUACCCCAAUGGUUCUCUUUCUGGGCUAUCGUGUGGCUCAUGAAUAAUGAACACUAUCUUGACAAGAUAAACGAACAUAUAGCCGCCAUCAAGAAGGCAGCAAAGGUAACCCAGCCAGGAAAUAAGAUUCCCAUUCGGGCUUCGGAGUACAUGAAGUGGCUCGACUUCCUCGACCCUGUCAUCCUUCAAUCCUUGAACUGGGGCAUAACUCAAAACACUCCAAGCUCCAUCGCAUAUGGAGAUCUCUAUCGAGUACAGGAGGCCUACACGAAGUAUGAGGAGGGCAAGAUCGACGAGGAACUGAAACACAUUGAGUACGCCGUAGACGAUGUUGAGGCGUUACCUUAUAUCACAGGCCAUGACCGGAUUGAACUGAUCAUCAUGCCUCUAUUAUAUCUCAUCCUCAGCUAUCAACGCACCAUCAUGGAGCAAGCGUCGAGGGAAGUUGUUGAUGGCUCUGUCUUCGGCAAAUUCAAGGAUGCGUUGAACACUGUCCUUCUAGCUUUCAAUAGUCGAUUGAACGACCUGGAGCGUGGAUGGAAGCAGAUGCGAAAAGAUGUAAACGCUCAGGUGGAGUGUUUCGCGGGGGGCAUGUUCUACGCAUGGCAGCAAAACCGCCGUAGCUCAUCGAAGUCUAAGGCCGCCAAACCCUUGCUCGACUUCUGGGCUAAUAACAAUGUCUACACUAAUCGAUACGAGGAAGAUGGUUCUGAAUGGUGGAACGUGUUCAGCCCCACUAGUCCAACCCCUCAAGGUUUAACCCGUCCAGUGGCCAGUGGAAGGGGCAGCAGCUUCUCCCGUUUCUCUGCUUUCCCAUUCCCGAGGUUGACGCAUGUUCAACCAGCACAAGGGGACCCGCAAAGCGACCGCAUUGCCGCUCUCGAAGAACGGAUGGAGCGUGUCGAAGAUUUACUGGAUUCAAUAGAUCAGAAACUGACAAGGAUUCAAGCGAGCGCCGCCAGGUUUUCAUAUAUGGCAGGCAAAAGGGGUAAGCUUGUAAAGCACCGCCGAAGCCGUGGCAGAGAAGAGUCAUACCAAGGUUCGGUGAACUCGGACAGCCAUGGGUGUGUCAUUAGUUGAGGGAGAUCGUAAUACGAGUUUCAGGUGUUUGGAUAGCUUUUUCCAUAUCGUAUGCUAUGUAGUACUAGGGAAUGC